GGGAAAGAAAAUCAUUUACAGGCGGUGCCCAUUGCGAGCAGAUAUGGAAGCGAGCGUUGUCGUGAGGUUCUGGAUUUAGCUUCCGUUUUUGUCGUAAGUUUGCUACGCAAUGCACUUUUGGGUUUGUCUUAUUAGUCUUUAAUUUGUGACAAUUCAAAAUUUCGAAAAACCUUGCAACCGGUCGGACUCAGUGCCGCAACCGCGCGAAUUCCCUACAUCCCGACUCAGCCUAAACACAUGAACACCCCAUUAUUGCUCCUUGACAUACGUUGUGCCUUUGGAUUGGGGCUCAGAGCGGUUCCGCGCCGGACAUGCAGUGGUUGAUUGGCUAACAAAGUCGCGCUCACCAGUCGCGCUCACCAGGACUGAGCAUGUGAACCCGAAAGCUUGCUGAAUGGUGUCAUACAAAUGGCUGCUUCUGAUUCCGGCCUGUCCAGAGCCCUCCUGGUGUGCUGCCCUAGGACGCCCCUACAUGCCGUGUGACAGUUUCAGAUGUUCUUUUCCAUGGCCGAGCCGCCAUGUCUCUACAUCGGGCCCUAGAACACUGCUUGUGCAAGAGUGUGAGCCGGCGCGAGACCCGUGGCCGAGACUCCACCCACAUCCCACCGAGACCCCACAUCCGCACCUGUCUUGCGACCCUUUGCGACCAUGUUCCCACGUGCCUCCCCUUGCCCCGCCGACCGAGAAGCAGCACACCCAGACCGAGAUCUUUUAACGUACUGUACUAGAACUCCUAGUACGCUGUAUUAUUGCGCGUAUUAUGGAGAGAGGGUCGCGUACUAGGCAACCCUGUUGGCGGGUCACGCACCCGGGUGCCUGGCUUGGCUUCGACUCACUUCCGGUAGCUUCCGACUUCCGAGCCGGACCGCCGUACAACUACCUGCUCACACUCGCGCAGCUGCCAACUGCCACGCUACCUCCUGUACGGCUGAGGGGGAUUGGGGUGCCGUACACGAAUUAGUUGGGGGUUAGUCGGAGCUGUCCUAGAACCGCCAUUAUACUAUUUUUUGCCGAGGCCAAUGAGCUAGCACAAGCAAAAAGAAAAGCGUGAUCAUGAGCAGCGACCGCAACUGCUACGUUAAUUACCUUUGACGAGGUAACCGCGCGCCAAGCUGCGCCACGCCGGCGUCCUAACGCUUGUGUAUACGGCUGUCAGAGGCUGGGCUGGCGUAGACUGGCCGCAGACUACCAAGCGAAGGCUGCGAUGCGUUGUGAUAACGCGAACCCCAAGAGACCCACCUGGAACGCAGCCAGGAACGCAGCCAGGCAUCCGCGGUGAGCCAGGAGUAGUACGUAAAUGCAAGGACAAGAGGAAAGAGAACGGCAGAAAGGAGGGUGCAGCAUGGCGGUUGUCAAAACGUUGAGGCCGGCGCAGAAAACAAACCAGGGUGGCUGCCUAGCUGCGGCCGGGCUGACGCGAAGGCUCACUGGCUGCUGUAAAUGGUGAGCCGAGACCGGUAUGAAAGGCUGGUGCCGGCCAGGCGAGUUGGGCAUGAGGUGCCGCUGCAUGGGGACAUGACGCGGUGUAGGCCAUGGGGUAACUGACGGGUGCGGACCGUAGUACGGCUCCCCAUAUGUGUGCGAUGGGACAGUGGUAAGGCAGGUUAGCAUACCACCGCACAGUAUGUGGAUGCUCAGCCGCAGCACGCAGCUAAGAAUGUUGUGGCUAGGAGAUUUCCUGCUGUUUGAUUGAUUGCUGGCUGUGCUUGUGCUCGGCAGCGGGACGUGGCUGGAUGCAUGGCGGGCCGUGCCUGUACGAGCCGGCCCCGACUACGU